UAUAAAGCAGCCUCUGGCUCCAUCAGCAUCUCCUCCCCAACCCCCACAGCUGCUCCUGCAGUCUUUCCCUGGCUGGCUGUGUGGCUCCAGAGUCCUCAGCCACCAUGAGUCACUUAUCAGGCCUUAGAACUAGCUCCAGCUCUACCUCAUACCGACGCACCUUUGGGGCACCACCCUCACUGUCCCCAGGCUCCUUCUCCUACUCCUCAGGUUCCCGCUUUUCCAGCCGCCUGCUGACCUCUCCAUCCCCCAGCUCCUCUGUCCGUCUGGGGAGCUUCCGGGGACCCCGGGCUGGGGUAGGUGCCCUGCGCUUGCCCUCAGAACGCCUUGACUUCUCCCUGGCCGAGGCCCUGAACCAGGAGUUCCUGGCCACCCGAAGUAAUGAAAAGCAGGAACUUCAGGAGCUCAAUGACCGCUUUGCCAGCUUCAUAGAGAAGGUUCGGUUCCUGGAGCAGCAGAAUGCAGCCCUACGUGGGGAGCUGAGUCAGGUCCGAGGCCAGGAGCCUGCCCGAGCAGACCAACUGUGCCAGCAGGAGCUUCGUGAGCUUCGUCGGGAGCUGGAGUUGUUGGGCCGAGAUCGCGAUCGAGUGCAAGUGGAGAGGGAUGGGCUGGCAGAGGAUCUGGCUGCUCUUAAGCAAAGGUUGGAAGAGGAGAUACAUAAACGAGAGGAUGCAGAGAAUAAUCUGGUGCUUUUCCGGAAGGAUGUGGACGAUGCAACACUGUCCCGCCUGGAGUUGGAAAGGAAGAUUGAGUCCCUGAUGGAUGAGAUAGAAUUUCUCAAAAAACUACAUGAGGAGGAGCUGAGGGACCUACAGGUGAACCUGGAAAGCCAACAAGUGCAGGUGGAGGUGGAGGCGACAGUGAAGCCAGAGCUGACGGCAGCACUCAGAGACAUCCGCACUCAGUAUGAAAGCAUAGCAGUGAAGAACCUGCAGGAGGCAGAAGAAUGGUACAAGUCUAAGUAUGCAGACCUGUCAGAUGCAGCGAACAGGAACCAUGAGGCCCUUCGCCAGGCCAAGCAGGAGAUGAAUGAGUCCCGAAGGCAAAUCCAGAGUCUAACCUGUGAAGUGGAUGGGCUACGGGGGACUAAUGAGGCAUUGCUUCGGCAACUUCGAGAGCUGGAAGAGCAGUUUGCCCUGGAGGCUGGGGGGUACCAGGCCGGGGCUGCCAGGCUGGAGGAAGAGCUCCGACAGCUGAAGGAGGAGAUGGCCCGGCAUCUUCGUGAGUACCAGGAGCUGCUCAACGUCAAGAUGGCCCUGGACAUUGAGAUUGCCACCUACAGGAAGCUGCUGGAGGGAGAGGAGAGCAGGAUCUCUGUGCCAAUCCACUCCUUUGCCUCCUUCAGCAUGAAGACAUCUGUGCCUGAGCCUGAACUUCCCUCGGACACCCACAGCCGAAAGAUGGUUUUGAUCAAGACCAUAGAAACUCGAGAUGGGGAGGUGGUGACAGAGUCCCAUAAGGAACAGAGGAGUGAAAUAGAUAAAUCUUCCACUCACAGCUACUAAGCCUUCAAUGAACCGAAGAUGCCUACCACUCUCUCCCUAAACUUCCAGAUCAGGGGUCUGAACUAGCCCCUACACCCUGCAUGGUGCUUGGGGCCUAGUUCCCACCAAACCCCAAAUCCCAAGUAAUGUAAUGACCCAACUGUGGGUCAUCCCUUUAGCUGGUGCUGUGGACGCAUUCUCCAAUCUCCCUGGCAUAGGGCCUCCUCCUUCCACAACAUGAAUGUGGCCUCUUCUUGUCCUUUUGCAUAUCUGUGGCCUAGCAUCCAUCCUAAUUGCACCCCUUUCCCACCAAUGGGUGAGCCCAUUGACCCAAAGAUGACCCCCUCUACCCUGUAACCGUAUGCAGUCCGUGAUCCCUUCCUCUGUCUCUGCUAAAUCUCUGCAUUUUGCUUUUACCAUCAAUAAAGUAAAGUUACCAUCAAAAGA